CGCUGUCAUUCGGCCACGGUCGGUUCCAGGAGAGAGGGGCAGCCCGAGAAACACACACACACUCACAGGGAUCGGCUGGCUCUGUAGGAGAGAGACAGCGAGCGAGAAAAGAUACUGAAAUCAAACGGACAAUGAAACCGAUCGAAAAAGGCUUGUAAACGAAAAAAAAAAUAGAAGCCACGUUAACAAAGCUAUCGGAUGAUAGAGUCCAGAUCAGAGGCAAAGCAGAGAGCUGUGUCAUUGAGAGGCAGGACACGUCAGGAGAAGGGAGAAAAAAAAGCUGACCGACUGCACUGUACGAGUCAGCUAUUAAAUCGCCUCUGAAAAGCUUUGCCUGCCAUUGCUUCAAGGACACCAUCUCGCUGCCAUUCCAAGCGAAGGAUCUCAGCAAAAGACAUCGCCGAGGUCGAAGGCGGUGAUCGUAAGGACCAAAGAGAUCAGGGGUUAGCAUUUGUUCUGGGGGGAGAAAACAAAUGGGGGAUUACGGGUUUGGAGUCCUAGUUCAAAACAACACUGGCAACAAGUCUGCUUUCCCGGUCCGAAUCCACCCGCAUCUGCAGCCCCCACACCACCACCAAAAUGUGUCUCAGAGCCCGGCUGCUUUCAUAAACAGCACCACAGCCACAGGGAAUGGCACCAUGGGAGGCUCUCCCUGGCUCUUUCCUGCCUCUGCCACCCACAACAGCGUGCAAGACGAAAUCCUGGGGGGGACAGAGAAGCCCAAAGCACAGCAGCAACAGGAAAUGCAAGAAACACAAGAAAAGCAGCAGCAGUUGUCUCCUGGGAGUCACCAGGAGGGUGGGAGUGGUGGUGGGAUAAUUUCAGAACUGGAAAAAUCCCGGUCAGAGGAAGCCAAGACGGAGAACGGCACCUCUGAAAGCAGUAGUGGAAAGGAGAAGCAGCUCCGCCUUGAGUCACCUGUUCUGACAAGCUUUGAUUACCAGGAGACGUCUGGUCUAGGGGGAACUGGUCCGGUACAGUCCAGUACGACCUCGUCAUCUCUUACUGGCUUUAACAACUGGUCAGCUGCCAUCCCGCCCGCGCCAUCAACAAUCAUCAACGAGGAUGUCAGCUUUUUCAACCCGGCCUCCGCCAACAACGGGCCGCUGCUGUUCCAGAACUUCUCGCACCACGUCAGUCCGGGCUUUGGUGGGAAUUUCUCCCCUCAGAUUGGACCAGCCGCCGCCUUGUCCCAGCACCACCCCGCGCCGCCACCGCACCCCCACUUCCAACACCCCCACAGCCAGCACCAGCAGCACCGACGCUCCCCAGCUUCGCCUCACCCUCCGCCGCCCUUCCCUCACAGGAACCCCGCUUUCAGCCAGUUGCCACAUUUGUCAAACAGCCUAAACAAGCCCCCGUCCCCCUGGGGUCCGGCCAGCUACCAGAGCCCCUCUCCCUCCCCUGGCUCGUCCACCUCGUGGAGUCCCGGAGGAGGCUAUGGUAGUGGUGGAGGUGGGUGGGGUGGAUCUCAGGGCAGAGAUUAUCGUCGUGGGCUGAAUGGAGGAAUGACCCCUAUCAAUUCCAUUUCGCCACUAAAGAAGACCUUUCCUAACAACCACAUGGCAUCCCAGAAGUAUCCCCGAAAUAGUCCUGCUGGCUUCAACCCCAAAUCCUGGAUGGAUGACGGUGUGGGUCGUGAUAGCAUUUUCCCUUUUCAGGAACGCAACAGGUCAAUUGACAGCUUCAACAUGGGCCCAUUGGAGAGCUCACUGAUUGACAUCAUGAGGGCCGAGCAGGACACCUUGAAAGGUCGUCUUGGGUUUCCCCACCCAGGAGGGGAGAACCCUCUCCCCCUUAACGCCAGGAAUUAUAACAGGAGACGAGGCCACUCCUCUCUCUUCCCCAUGGAGGACAGCUUCCCCGAUGACGAGCGUGGAGAUCAGGGUCUCGCAGGUCUGGGCUCUCCACACUGCUUCCCUCAUCAGAACGGAGAGCGCGUGGAGCGCUACUCACGCAAAGUCUUUGUCGGCGGACUGCCUCCAGAUAUAGAUGAAGAUGAGAUAACAGCCAGUUUCCGACGCUUUGGACAACUGUUUGUGGAUUGGCCCCACAAAGCAGAGAGCAAAUCCUACUUCCCCCCUAAAGGCUACGCCUUCCUGCUGUUCCAGGAUGAAAGCUCUGUGCAGGCUUUGAUCGACGCCUGCAUCGAGGAGGACGGCAAGCUCUAUCUGUGCGUCUCCAGCCCCACCAUUAAAGACAAGCCGGUCCAGAUUCGGCCCUGGAACCUGAAUGAUAGCGAUUUCGUGAUGGAYGGAUCCCAGCCUCUGGACCCGAGGAAAACCAUCUUUGUGGGAGGAGUUCCUCGUCCGCUCCGUGCAGUGGAACUGGCCAUGAUCAUGGACCGCCUGUAUGGAGGAGUUUGCUACGCUGGCAUCGACACAGACCCCGAGCUGAAGUACCCCAAGGGAGCGGGGCGGGUCGCCUUCUCUAAUCAGCAGAGCUACAUUGCUGCUAUCAGUGCUCGCUUUGUCCAGCUGCAGCAUGGAGAGAUCGAUAAACGGGUGGAAGUGAAGCCAUACGUGCUCGAUGACCAGCUGUGCGACGAGUGCCAGGGAACUCGCUGCGGUGGCAAGUUCGCGCCGUUCUUCUGCGCCAACGUCACCUGCCUGCAGUACUACUGCGAGUACUGCUGGGCGGCCAUCCACUCCCGCGCCGGGCGAGAGUUUCACAAGCCGCUGGUGAAGGAGGGGGGCGACCGGCCUCGCCACAUCUCCUUCCGCUGGAACUGAGCAGAACGACGUGGAAGGGGGGAGAGGAGGGCAGGUAGUGCAGGAGUCGCAAAUCAUUGUACAAAUAAAUGCACUUUUCUGUUGCUGGUUCCUUUUUGCUCUAAUUUCACCUAACAUUAUUAUUAUUAUUGUUAUUCUUUUUGAAAUUUUUAUUUAAAGUUAAUAUAUAUAUCAAUAUUUUGAAGAUAGAAAAGAAAAACUGGAUUGUAUCCAAAAAUGUCCAUCUAGGGGGAAAAAAGAUGUGUAAUAUAAUUUUAUUUUUCUUCUGAUUUUUGAAAUAUUUUUAGUUCUCAAAAAAAAACAUAUAUAUUUGAAAUAUAGGAAAGUUUGAUGUGUGAUAUGGUACUCUGCUUUUUAAUUGGCAUAUUUUUUCUAAAACAAACACAUUUCCUUUUGAUACAAGAGGCCCUAAUUUGACAUUUAGCCGUCAUAUAUUGUAGCAGAGCUGUAACCUUUUGUACGAAGUCUUAAGUCAUUGGCUCUUUAUUUCUGAAAGGUGGGUUAGGUUUACCAAUGUUACAAGAGGCUCAAGAGCAAAUGCGAGUAACAAAGGUGUUGCUGAAGAAGAGUGCACUUAUUUCCAGUUUAAAGAGUGAAUAUUGCCGUAGAUAAGACCCUUUGUAGUUAACCAAAGCUGAAUCCUGAUUCCCUUUGAAGAACAGAAAGGGCCCUUCAGAAACAAAAUGGAUUCUUUCUCUCCCACUUUUUUGUUUUGUUAUGUUUUAAUUGUUAUUUUCAUUCAAAACCAUACAAACAUUUUGACGUUACUUGAAAAUUGCGGGAAAAUUUUAGCAACACAGAUUUGGGUUUUGAUCUCCAUUGUGACAUGCAAAAACUAAUACCUCAAACUCAGCUGCUAAUGUGCCGAAUACAGUAAGAAGAAGAAGAAAAGCAAGAAAAGAAAACUUUAACGCUCUCCGGUGUUCUCCUUUCCUUAGAAUUCUAAUCAGAGGGAAGUGAUGUUGCACACAGAGAGUGAUGUAACUGGCACAGUUUUGUACUCACUUGCUUCAUCACCUCCUUAUUUUUGUAAUCAAACCCAGGGUUGUGCUAGCGACAGAGCGAAGCAUCAGUAUACAGUGUAUUAUGGGAAUGUAUGGGUUAGGGAGGCUAUGGGAGAGACCGGUCGAAACGCAGCCCACUUCCCUUCCUCACGUCUGCUAGCGGCCUCCGCUGCUAGGCUAGCAGCUAACACAGGGCAGGGCCUCGGUUGCGGAUGGAAGCCUGCUUUCUGCGGACCCGUCCGUUUGCGGCCCGCGUUGCAGUUUGUAAAAAAAAGAAGAAAAAAAAAAGGAAAACGCCUCUCUUUGUUAGUUUUCUUUAAAGCAUUUGUGCAAUUCUCCCAAGUCCUUAACGACAAAGUGCUACUUUGCAUCCGAGAGCGAGCGACAUUUUAAAGAAAGAAGCAAUUAAAAAAAAAAGAUCUGCUUUGCAAAUCCUCAUGGGUGGGGGAAAUCUGCCCUUUCGGCGACCCCUCCAUCCCUUCUGCUGCCAAGUUAAACCAACUCAGCAUCCAGUGUUUUUUAAAGCAUAAAUGAAGAUAGUUUCUGCAGCGUGCUCUACUACUACAACACACUUGUGACCCACGCGCAGUUUGAGAACGAAACCGCAGGUGCACACGGCCGGAGCCGGUGACCUUCGGGAACCAAAGAUGGUUGUGCAGUAGUGGGUCACAUUGUAGCUCAUUUCUUAUUUUAUAUUUACGUUUGCAUUUCUCUUUGUUUUUAAUGUACACUUUCAUAAAUCUACCAGUUGUGUUGAAACUCUCAAGCCCUGACGGAGUCAACAAACCAAAGAUUGGCCUUGAACACCAUCUCCGCAGUAUGAACGGUGACCUUCUGCGUGCUAGAGAUUUCCUCGUGACACAACAGUAGGAAACCAGCAGGGCUUGCAGACAACAAGGCCUCGCGUUCUCUCUAGCUCAAAGAGGAGCCGUCCGUUCUAUUUUUUACCUGAAAUAGCUUGGGAAAUUUACCACGAAGUGCACAUUCCCACUGCAAAGGYGACAAGUAAUCCUAUUUCUUUGCUAUUUUACGUCACUAAGUGGCAACCUUCUAGCCGAGCAUUUAAAAGUCAGGGAGUUAGUAGAAACUUGAUUAUUACACACUAGUGAGAAUCCUCACGUCGACGCGGCGUCGUUGCACCAGUUCUUUCUCUUAUUAUUAUUUUGCACCCGMAACGUUAGCGUUUUUUUGUGGGUGUGUUGGGUGAGCAUUUUAGAAGUUCAAACACUUUGUGAAGAAUUUGCUGUUAAAUGAGAUGAAAAAAACAGAAAAAAAAGAUUAUUUUAUACAUGGCCUGCUGAUUUUUUGGUACAGUGUUUUCUAGCUAAAUUAUUUUGUCAUGCACAUAUAAACAUUUAUUAUGCACUACUUUUCUAAAUAUUUUUUUUCUCCUCUUUUUUUUUUUUCCAACAGUCAUUUUAGGCACAUUUUUCACAAAUGGGGAAACUCCUUUUUGCAAUACCUCAAUUUUUCACAUUGUGAAAGGUAGCUUUUGUACUUUUGUUACUGAGAGAUCUGCAUAUACGGAGAUGUUCAUUUUACGAAAAAAAGACAAAAAAAGUUGAGCGAUUUCAAUAUAUAUUAUUAUUAUUAUUAUUAAUAUUAUUUUCAAUUAUGCUUUUUAUACAUUUCCGUGCUGAGGAAUCUUUACAACUUUACAAGUGCGCAGUUGUGUUGAUGCGACUUCAGAUCUACAGAGGACAGACCAAAGCUCUCUUGGUCUUAGCUUUCCAUACACUAGAUGUUUUCCAGCCAAUCUGGUCUAUAACAGCAUGGAGAAAUAAAUAAAAAUAAAAGGCAAAAAAAAAUUAAUGUAAAUGUCUCUAAACUUACUAGUUGGAACUUCUGUCUUGGUUUCCUCCCCAUAGAUGGAGCGUAACUUCGAACGAGGAGAAUGCAAAAUCUGGUUCAGGCUUAACGCUGAAUCUCGUAUCACAAGAAUGGAUGUUUGGUGUUUUAGAUAUUUUAAUAUUUGAAAAAAAUCUAUAUAUACAUAUAUAUAAAUAUAUUCUUGAACUUGCCAACUAGCACCUAUUGUAAUCCUUAGCAUGCAUGACAAAAAAAAAGAGAGAGAAAAUGACAAGUACAUGAAUUAGCUAUUAAAAUUAAUUGUUGUGGUGUGCACCAAAUGUUUCUCAACUAUUACGUUAAGGACCCGACCCCCGCCCCCGUCCCCUUGUGUCGACCCCCGUAGUCGCAGACCUCUCUGCGGGACACGCGGCGGAGAGGUAGCCAUUAAAGCAAAACAAAAAAGAAAACCCGUUGAACUAAAAGCGUCAGGGACUUGGAGCGUCCGUACGAAACACUGUUCAAAAAGACUUGAGACGUCGCCCCGCCCCCACCCGCGCCGACGCCGCCGUCUGUCGAGGCGACCUCACGUAGACCUAUCUGGAGGAAGGGGAGCUUAAAAAGACUUGAAUGUGGUAAAAAUGUUGCAAGUUAACUUCAAGUUGUAAUGUGCAAUACUUCUUUUGAACCUUUUUCCAGAUAUAAAGACUCUUUGCAAUGUAAUUCUUUAAUGCCAUUUUUAAUUGCAGACAUUUAAUUAAAGAAGAUGUUAAUAUGUUUUUCACAGUCAUUUUCUACUGUUAUUGUAAUCCUUUUCAUGCUGGUGUUUGUAAAAAAAAAAAGAAAGAAAAGAAAUCAAACUAUUUGUACUAAUAUAAAUAAUUGAAGUUAUUUUUAAAACAUUCAAAAAAGGUUUUUGUGCUCAUUUGCUUAUUUUUUUGUUUAUUUUAAGCUACUGUGAUUGAUUGCAUUGUAAUUAUUAGGUCAACAAUGUAUUUAGCUGUUUAUUGGUAUAUUUUUAAUUGGAAUGUAUAAUUGAUUUUUAUAAUUUUGAUCAGAUUUUUGUUAUAUUUUUGAGGUGAAGCUUUUAAUAUGUUAAAGUGUCUAGUUUUUACUAAUUGCUAUAUUGUGCUCCACAAUAUAUGGUUCACAUUUUCUGAAGGAAAAUAAAUAUUUAAAUAUUUGUCUGUUAAACGAUGUUACUUAAUGGCAAGAUUUCAAUAGUUUUUAACUGUGUAUGGGAAGGUUGUUGUAUUUAUUAAUAGCAUUUUUUUACUUAAGAUAUCACCUUAAUUUUUAUUGUCAUUUCACUUUAUAAGUUCCUAUUUUUGUAUUUUCCUUUCUAGUUAAGUUAUGUAAUAUGGAUAUGUCCAUAUUUCUUGGAGUUGGUCUGUAGAAGUGCUUGUGAAACGACAUAAAGAAAAAUCUAAUGUUAUUUAAUUGUUUGCAGCCAACUAUUUAUAACAGUAUGCAUAAUUUUUAAAUAUUUGUAAUGUGAAAUGUUGAAUGAAAUAAAUCUUAACUGUGAUGAAAA